AUGACUGCAGCUGAACCCGGCCAAGUCCGCCGUUUCAUGUCACUACACAAAGACACAUUACUGGGAACUUCGUUACCAGAACACAUCCCUGCUUGCAAAAAUACCCCAAAUGUUUCAUCCGAAUUCAUAGUGGAAGGAUGCUAUCACUGUGCAGGGGGAGCCCUCGCCAAAGUAAGAUGCACCUCAGCUACAGAAAUUUUUGGCGAGGUAUUGUGUACUGAACAUGCGUUCGUAAUCCCGUGCGCACCGCACGGUCCAGAGCCAGAACUGCCUGAUUCUGCCAGACAAAUUCUGAACUACACGAAUUAUGGAGUACUAAAAUAUGUGUACACGUUCCACUACCCGGGUAUGACUACACUGGAUGUAAACAACGCCGUUUUCAACGAGUUCCAGUGGCCCGAUUUUGGCCACAUCAUCGAUACCACCACUACGUGGUACAAGACCUUUCUCAUUGCACUGGUAGCGAUAGCACUGGCAGUUGCACUGACUUACUUAUAUGUGAGCACUUUCGAUAUGCGCACAGCGCAAGCACUAUUGAGAUUCCUGUGUGCGGUCAUUUGCCUCCCACCCCGCCUUGUUCUUGCCACUGUUAGCGCCAUUGUAAAAUUCAAGUUUCAAGUGUAA